UUGUUGACAGCCUGUCAGAAUCGGUUUCUUCAACACAAACAUUACAUUUUGUUGUAACAUGUCCUACAUUGUGUUUUGAACAGGUCGUGCAGCCAUGUGACACUAACUGUGUUGGUAUUCUUUUCAAGUGAACGGCUCUGGCAGGAGCACGUUUGUCUGGGCUAACGAGAACAGCUAAACAGUUAGCCACGUUACGUCAUCACCUUCAAUAAAUGCUAACCACAUCAGAAUGCACUAAAUCGCCUUUCCCCUGUGUGCCCGUGUACAGUGUGCAGUCUGAGAUCGAGGUGCUCCAGUCCAUCUACCUGGACGAGAUACAGGUCACCAGUACUAGUGAUGGCAGCCAGGAGGUGAGCCUGGUCCUCUACCCCUCCACCGCCGAGGACUCUGUCUCCCAGUUUGUCCGCCUCACUCUGAAACUGACUCUCGACCAGCAGUACCCCUCGUCCCCGCCCUCCAUCUCCAUCCAUAACCCUCGGGGACUCUCUGACGACAUGCUCAGCAGUGUCCUCAGUUGCCUCCAAGCUGAAGCAGAGUCCUGUUUGGGUUCCCCGGUGUUGUAUCAGCUCAUAGAGAAAGCGAAAGAGAUUCUGACUGAAAGCAAUAUUCCUCAUGGGAACUGUGUCAUCUGCCUGUAUGGCUUCAAGGAGAGCGAGGCGUUCACCAAGACCAGCUGCUACCACUACUUCCAUUCUCACUGCCUGGGCCGCUACGUCACCCACUCGGAGGAGGAGGUCCGCGAGCGACAGAAGGAGCAGGAGCAGGACAAGACGCAGCAUCGAGCGGAACGACAGGGGCUGAUGGUCGUCUGCCCUGUGUGCAGAGAGCCCUUGACGUACGACGCUGGCCAGCUGCUGUCCUCGCCUGCACCCCUCCUUCCCCAGCAGGAGGGAGCCGCGAUGGGGACAGACUUCGUCCAGAAGUGGCGUGAGCUGCAGGAGCUCCUGGAGAGGCAGAGGGCCAAGGGAGGCAUCAUCGACCCCGACGUGGAGUCCAACCGGUUCCUCAUCCACAUCAACGAGGUGCCUUCUGAAGGGGUAAACGGUGACCAGGAUGCAGUCAUCCCUCCGGACUUCGCCGCUGCCGUACCCGCCGAGGAUGCCCGUGUCCCGGGCGACCAGGCGCGCGGGGCCCCGUGGCCCUGCAGAGGGGGACCGGGUCAUCGGCGCCACGGGCCGUUCAGGGGGCCCCGGAGAGGAGGCCGGGGAAGGCCUCACCCCGCCCCCGGGAGACCCUCGCCCCCGACCGAAGGCCUCGACAAGCUCCAUCUCCCCUCCGACGGCGGCGCCCACCCCCUCCCCUCUGCCCAUGGGCCUCUCCGACCCAGGCCCCGUGGCCCUCCGAAGGGGGCCGACGCGGAGCCGGCUCCCGCAAAGACCGACAAGGAAGACCCAGCCGACCACGAGUACCGAGAGCCUCCGGACUCCACCGACAAACCGCCGCUGAGGCAGCCGACCCCGGGGGACCCGGACCCCCCAGCGGCCGACGGAGAGCCGGACGGCGGCCCGGACAAACGGGGACGGAGGAGGGGCCACCGGCCGGGCCAAUGGCACGAGAGGCCCGAGAGGCACGCCAGGGGAACGAACCAAUGGGACCCCCAGGGGGGGUGGCAUCCUCGCUGGGAGGGGCGGGGCUCCGGGUGCAGAGGGGGCGGGCCCCGCCGGGGUCCCAGUAGAGGCUCCUCCCACCAGAAGGUGCAGGAGAGAGACGCUGGGCGGGAGGAGGUGCUAUGACGAAGGGCCACGGGAGGGCCAGAGAUAAACCGUGUGUGCGCCUCCAUGCUCCCCUCAUGUAGAACAAAGCCCUGCGCCAGAACUGCCCUUUGUUGUCCUGACAUCCUGUCUCCCUCUGCACUGCUUCUGUACGCCGCUGUGGUACGCACACUCAUGCACACUUGUAUAGAUUGCGGAUGGUCUUUGGUGUCUUUUGUGCGACUACGUGACUCAAAACAACCAGUGACUGAAAUAAACGUUGUUGGGAGAUAACAAGCUGUAUUUGUAAAAUGUGUGUGUGUGUUUGUGUGUGUGUGUGUGUGUGUGUGUGUGUGUGUGUGUGUGUGUGUGUGUGUGUGUGUGUGUGUGUGUGUGUGUGUGUGUGUGUGUGUGUGUGUGUGUGUGUGUGUGUGUGUGUGUGUGUGUCACAUCUCAAAGGCAUUUGCCACUGCUUUUAUUUUAGGUUUCUAUUUCACGACGGGUCAGAAUAGCCAACUAGAUCGAUCAUCAAGCCCUAGUGUCGAAAAUAUUUUGCAUAAAUAAUUAGUUGCUUAAUCUCACAAAUGUGACUUCAUAAAAUAAUAGAAAUGCUGGAGCUAAGGUCUGGGCUGUGGUAAUUGUUGUUUUCGUCUGUUAAUUAUCUACUCUUACAAAUCAGACCUUCGAUUAAUGUGUAACAUAAUUUCCUCCGGGAUCAAUAAAGUAAUCGGUGUCUUUAUCUAAAUAGGACUGCUGGAUCUGAGAUUAGUAUUUUCCAUGAUGGAAUAUGGAUGCAAUUACAAUACUAGCCUGAAGAGGGUACUGUAACAUUUCACAUUAUAUUUACCUUUUCAGGUAGACAAUUUUAACACUU